AUGAACCAUGAUCCGUCUAAUACAACUUCAGAAAAGCGACAUCAUAUUCGUCGAAGGUCAUAUUACCCUUCAACAAUACGCAUUAUAUUAGGUCAUUUUGCAUCCCUUAGUAUCUUUCUAAUUCGACAACUUUUUCGGUCUAAUAAUCUACCUUUUCUUUUGACAUUUCUUUGGCACACAUAUUAUGCACGAAGGUUGUUGCGUCUACCGAGAACCUACUUAGAAAGGUAUUUUGCUCAGGGAAGACGAGAUCCACCACCAGUAGUUGCUAUUGACGUGCUUAAAAGACUGGGGGGAAUCAAUUUUUCUUUGGGACUAUUGUCAUUGUUGGCUCUUAUAAGAUUUCGAGAUAUGACAACACAAAAAGUGACAUUGUUAGUAUUAUCCGUGGCUAAUGGAACACAGGCUUGGAAUGAUGUGAUUAAUUGGAGAAGUGGACGAUGGAAUUGGAAUAAUUUAACUGAAAUUGGUGGAAGUGACGGGAUAAUUGCUUUAAUGAAUAUUAUAGCUUACGGUAUUUCUGUUAUAAGGAGCGGAUCUUUAUUAUAA